CCACCGAUCAGAUCGGAACCUGCUGGCCCAAGACCAGCGCCGGGGAGCUGGUGAGAGAGACCUUGCCCCGAGUUCCUCAACGGAGUCAAGUACAACACCACCAGAAAUGUUUACCGAGAAUGCAUGGGGAACGGGACCUGGGCCUCCAAGGCCAACUACUCCCAGUGCGAGCCAAUUCUGGUUGAAGAGACGAAGCCUGCUCUUUAUUACCAAGUUGCCAUGAUCAUAAACUAUGUGGGGCACUGCAUUUCUGUAGGGGCGCUCAUCAUCGCCUUCCUGCUCUUCCUGUGCUUGAGGAGCAUCCGAUGCCUUCGGAAUAUUAUCCACUGGAAUCUGAUCACCACGUUUAUCCUGAGGAAUGUGAUGUGGUUCUUGCUGCAGAUGAUAGAUCACGACAUCCACGAAAACAAUGAGCUGUGGUGCCGGUGCAUCACAGCCAUCUUCAACUACUUUGUGGUGACCAAUUUCUUUUGGAUGUUUGUGGAAGGCUGCUACCUGCACACGGCCAUCGUCAUGACCUACUCGACAGACAAGCUGAGGAAGUGGGUUUUCCUCUUCAUCGGAUGGUGUAUUCCGUGUCCAAUUAUUAUCGCCUGGGCUGUCUGCAAGCUGCAUUAUGAAAAUGAGCAGUGCUGGUUUGGAAAGGAAUCGGGGAAGUAUAUCGACUACAUCUACCAAGGACCAGUGAUUCUUGUCUUGCUGAUAAAUUUUGUUUUCCUGUUUAACAUAGUUAGGAUUCUAAUGACAAAGCUGAGAGCGUCGACGACUUCAGAAACAAUACAGUACAGGAAGGCCGUCAAAGCAACAUUAGUUCUUCUGCCUCUCCUUGGUAUUACCUACAUGCUCUUCUUCGUCAACCCCGGGGAAGAUGAUAUCUCCCAGAUAUUUUUCAUCUACUUCAAUUCCUUCUUGCAGUCUUUUCAGGGCUUUUUUGUGUCUGUGUUUUACUGCUUCUUAAAUGGAGAGGUACGUUCUGCAGCCCGGAAAAGAUGGCACCGCUGGCAAGACCACCACUCCCUACGAGUCCGCGUGGCUCGGGCCAUGUCCAUCCCAACCUCUCCAACAAGGAUUAGUUUUCACAGUAUAAAGCAGACAGCAGCCGUGUGACAAGUCCCAGCCAACCACCAGCUGACUAUGGAGAGUUUUGUUCUCCCUCCUCCUCCUCCUCCUCCUCC